AUGGUCGAAGUUGGGCCACCCGUACAAAAUGGUGGUGAAAACGGCGUUCCCAAAAGCGGAACAUUCUCAUUGCAUAACAUUUUGAGUGCAGACCACGACUCGGAAGCAAUAGAGAAUCAUCCUGCACUAAAUGGCGAAACCUCUAGGGGGUGGGACGAAGAGACGAUAAAUAGACCUGCAACCGAAGGAUGUUGCAUAGAAUGCGAAGAUCAGCCGGCACAACUCUUCUGUGAAAAUUGUGCAGAUGCUUAUUGCGACGUUUGUUAUUCUGCACAACAUCGGAAAGGUUCUAGAAAGACACACAAAACCCAAGUAUUGGAAAGUUCCGUGAAGCCUAAAGAGCAGGUCGCAGCCAAAGGGGAAGAUCACCAAAUGGACACCGUUGAGGACGACGAUGGUGAUGAAGACUGGGAGCCAAUUGCCUCGGCCCAACCAUCGGGCGCUCAGCCAGCUAUGGGUUCCACCGUUGGAGAGUGGUUCGUCGAUCGAAGUAGAUUCAUCCCCUUGCGAUUAACCCUAGGAGAGCGCAAAUUCCUUCGCCUUCUUGAAGCUGCUCUUUCUGUCUCCGAAUAUACCGACAAGAUCGAUACUCUCAGUUUCGGUCAAUCCAAGGCAAAACGUAUAGUGGCCCAGAUCAAAGAACUAUGCGCCAUUAUGUCUGGGCUGUUGCUCUCGGCGGACUAUAAAGCGGGACAGGAACUAUUUCAGGAUAGGGACUUUCAGGCAAACGAGGACUUUUACCAAACUGUGUUUGAACUUGGGCGGAGGCAUAAGAUCAUGAACCCAGACAAGAUGCGGACUACCUAUGGGAAACUGAUUUACAUUCUUCAGGACAGCCAAGCACCCGAGGUCAAGGAUCUACUAGGGUUCAGCUGUGUUAAACCUAUAAAUACAGUAUACUCGGUUCUAAAAGAAAGCGACGCGUUAGACAUGUUGCGUGAUGACCUCAUCAACCCUGCAACACAAGAGAUUUACUCUGAAGGUCGUUCAAGGCGGGAAAUACAGCGAGAUAUCAAAACCAAAGAACGAGCGAUUGAAACGUUGUCUUCUCGCUAUCAACGCCGUGGUCUCUCUCAGGAGACCCUUCGUCAGUGUUUAUACAGUAUCGGCGACAACCAUGCUUUCCUUCGGGUCAAUCGGGACCCUUGCGAACGCAUGAUCAAGUAUUUGCAGGAUUACUUCCAUCCUACGCAAGCAAAAGAUCCCAAAUAUAGUCUUGCGAUUCGCAGCGGUAAAGGGGGAGCCCGUCUAUCCCAUGAUCACGGCAAACAGUACGCGUAUGUUAUCCAGAGUUUGACACUCUGGAGGGAGAUCCUACAUGACAUGUUCCAUCUAUGGUCUCUUGCCGAAGAAGAUUUGCUCUCCGACUCCAUUUCGUACCGCCUUCGAGACACUGGUCAGGGUCUUAACCGCGUUCAACCCUCACCUAAAACCUCCCGACUCAUGCACACCAUCCUCCACAAAGCCCAAAAAAGCGUUGGCUCAUGGGUAGGCUCAAGUGUCAUUCACAUGGGUGACCACAACGUGCCCAACGCCCUCCUCUUCAUUGACAAAUACACCCAAAUCUACCGCAUCCUUCUACCCAUUUGCAACACUCUCAAUCAAAUUCCUAACUUGAUGGACAAACCCGCUUUGCGGUCGUAUAUUGAAGAUGAUUUUGGCUCGGCGGAAAAUCUAACGAAAGAGAUCUUGAGUGAUUUCUUUAGACAUGGGUUUGAUGGCUCGGGGGCGGACAACUUUUAUGAUGCGGGAAGUUGUAUCGAUGGGAGGUUGACGAGUGCUUGGAACUGGUGUUCAACGUUAGAGAAGAAAAGGUUUUUCCCUAUAUUUUUACUGACUGGCUUCACUGGGUUCGACGGAGACUGGUGA